GUUGGACAGAAAGAAACAGGCAGGCAGAGAAAAAGAGAGAAGGCCGCAGAACAGACAAUAAACAGUACUAGGUAUGCAACAAUGAAAAAAGCGAGAGAAACUGAAGAGAGAGAUGAAGGGCGGAGAGGGUCACAGUGAUACUUAGAGUUGACCACAGAACCUGUGAACUGUUGCUGCCACUGCUUCCGUGACGACACUUCGCACAGUUCCUCUACUCAACUACAGACCUACAAGAGACACACAGAGAGAAAGUGAAAUAUGGACUCCUUUCAGAAGCCCAACGAUCUCCUCAAUCUCUGACAUGACAGAGGAAGCUGCUGUGUCACACAUCAUGCCAUGGAUGCCCAAGCCCACAUUCUGAGGGACCUAUUGGUCAAAAUCGCAAGCAAGGAAGCAGAAGAGGAAGGGGCAGAGAACGGCUUUGCUGGAGAGUUUUUGAAACUGAAGAGACAGUCUACUAAAUAUCGUGCGGAGAAGACAUACCCCACCACAGUUGCGGACAAACAAGACAAUGUGAAGAAGAACAGAUACAAAGACAUUGUUCCCUUUGAUCACAGCAGAGUGAAGCUCUCCCUCAUCACAUCCAAACAUGACACAGAUUACAUCAAUGCUAGUUUCAUUAAGGGAGUGUUGGGCUCUAGGGCGUAUAUUGCCACACAAGGCCCGCUGCCAAACACUGUGCUUGACUUCUGGAGGAUGCUUUGGGAAUACAAUGUGCAGGUUAUUGUGAUGGCUUGCCGGGAGUUUGAAAUGGGAAGGAAAAAAUGUGAGCGUUACUGGCCGGAGUCAAAGGAUGAAGUGUUUGUGUGUGAGCCCUUUACCAUAUACUAUGAGUCUGAUGAGAAUAAGGGAGAAUAUUUGACACGGACACUGAAGGUGACAUUUAAACAAGUGUCUCGGACACUGAAACAGCUGCACUAUGUGAACUGGCCAGAUCACGGAGUACCCGACUCCAUUCCUGCCAUCCUGGAGCUGCUGCAGGACAUGCGGAUUUACCAGGAUCAUGACGAGAUUCCCAUCUGUAUUCACUGCAGUGCAGGCUGUGGACGAACAGGUGCAUUGUGUGCCAUUGACUAUACCUGGAAUCUACUGAAGAGACAGAUGAUACCAGAGAAUUUCAGUAUCUUUGAACUGGUAAAGGACAUGCGUACACAGAGGCCCUCUGUGGUUCAGACUAAGGAACAAUAUGAACUAGUAUACAGGACCAUCAAAUUGCUGUUUGAGAGAUAUCUGGCAGCAAUGGAUGAACCAAACAGAGAGGUCCCAGCUUCCCCCUCUCCUGUCACCUUAAGUAGUGGGAGUGAGCUCUCAGAUUUCAGCGACUCCGAAUCAGAGACUGGGACAGACUUCAGAGCGUUGCUUCAAACUGAGCACAGGAAUGAGAUGGAAAUUCCAAUGGAUGAACUCAAUCAUGUCACAGACAAAGUCACUUCUUGGCCACAGCCUUAUUCACAACCAUUCAGUCAAGAGGUCUUCUACACAAAACUCAAUCCUGAAGACAUGCUCAAUACAACGAGUGAAUGGGCCCAGAUUAAAGAUCAGAGGUUAUUCAUAGCACCAACUCCUCAAACAGACUUUACAACCCAUGGAUCUCAAAGAACUGAGCCAUCCACCAGCUUCAACACUGAUCUCACCCAAGCUGCAUGUUCAAACUAUCCCAUCAGCCUAGUACCUGAGCUGAGACCGAGUAUGAAGCAUCUGGAGUGUGCAGAAAACCAAGAUGUCAGUUCUGCUGCCAAAGACCACAACCCUAUUAUCCCCAGCACAGUCUGCUUCACUGUGGAAGAUCCUUAUUUUGGUCCUGAGUCUCCACCAGGUAGCGACAAUCACAGUGUUAUGGACACUAUGAUUCGUGAACCAUGGAUGGAGAACCCUUGUUUCACAAUACCUAGUUUAGCUCUUAAUAAUCAGGUGUUAGAACUGCCAAAACAUGACUGCAAAGACAAAGGUGCAAAUACACCUUCAUCUGAUGAAGACACCCCUCCUCCUUUGCCAGAGCGAACCCCUGAGUCAUUUAUACUGGCAGAUGAAAUUAAUGAUAUCAGUGAAAACACCGAGAUGUUGACAUUGAUGAUCCCAACCAGCUCAGACUCUGAGAGCGUCAACAGAGACAGCCUGCCCUCACCUGUUCCCCCACUGCCUGAAAGAACUCCAGAGUCUUUUGAAAUGGCCACGGAUGAGGAUCUGGUACAAAAUGUGACACAGGAAAAGCCACAGGAUGUCAUAAUGAGAGUUGGGAAAUCUCUAGAAUGGUCUGGGCAAACUAAUGAAGCUCAGACAGACGUGAAACGAUCUUGGUCCAGGAGCAAGAGCUUAAAAUUUAGAAUGUCACUUCCUGCAUCAUCUGCUCCACUCAGUCCUAUUCCAAUCACAAGUCACAGUCCUCCUCCCCUAUUGUACAAACAACCUCAGGAAUCUCUACUACACACCCCAACACCACAUGAGCAGACAUUCAACUCAGUUCCAGGGACAGAAAGUGUAACUCCACCACUUCCUGAUAGAACUCCAGAAUCGUUCCUUUUUCAGACGGCGAAAGUGGCCGAGAACAGCGCCCUCUGUCAGCCAGCUGAGGCAGAGCAUCAGAGACUGAGAGUGGGCACAUCAUCUGAAUGGUCAGGCAGCUCCCAGCCCAGAUCAUCCCUGGAUCAUUCUUGGGCCCGAAGCAAGAGCGUCAGAGCAAAAAGUUCAAAACAAGAGUCUCUAUCUGUGGCUCCGCUGACUCUGCCUGUCUCUGUAACCAUAGCAGCUGGAGGCCAAGUAGAGCACCAGACGGCACCCAGCAGCCAGCCGGCAGCAACGGGACCAACAGGGAACCAGUCGGACAGAGGGGGAGAGAAAACUUCACUGGUCAGCAAGGCCAGGACCAAGAGUAUUAAGUUGUUGAAAGGAAAACAGAGGUCAAAAAUGGCCCCGCCUCCGGCCCCGCCUCAGUCUGCUCCACCAUCCUAUGGUGCCGCUGUUGGAUUCCUAUUUUCUUUUGGAUCUCGUUUUGGAAAGCCAAAAGGCCCACGAAAUAAGCCAGGAACAUGGGUCUAGUUCAUGUUGAAGGUGAAGAAAAGGAAAACAGCUUCACAAGACAGUUCAAAAGAGGAUUAACUGAGCAAAGUUUUCUUUCAGCUGACAGACAAGCACUGUGGUUUUUGAGGGAAAGAAGCCCAACUACGGACCUCACACAAUAGAUGGACAUUUAUAAAGACUGUGCUUUUGUUAAUGACUUUUACAUCUUAUGAAGGUAUAAUGCAGGAGAAUGGCCUUUUUAGACUUUAAAUAUUGAAGCAUAUUGCGUAUAAUGCAGGAGAAUGGCCUUUUUAGACUUUAAAUAUUGAUCUUGUUGCAUUUUUAUGCAACUAAAAUGUAUAUAAAAUUAUUACAAAUGUGCAACUAAAGAUAAUAAAAUGCAUGAAUGUUCUGAAAAGUAGACACUUUUGUAAUCUCAUAGGUAAGAUUUUUAUGGAUUUUAUAAUAUAUACAGACGCAGAUAACCAUGGCCAAUCAAGCCUUUCUAUGUCACAUGAUGUUGGACUUGGUAACAGUGCAUUUGGUGCCAUGUCUGUCUGAAAGGGACGGAAAUGACAGAAGAUUGUGAAUAUCUAUUGUAAAGUUUAUGGUUUGUGACAGUAUUUAACGUUUUUCCCCCCCUCGUUUGCAUAUUUUCCAUUUCUGAUGCAGUGAAUGAUCCCCUUUAAGAAACGCUUCACUUUAGUACACUCAUAAAAUGGUUUAUUUAAAAAAAUACAGAAAAGUCUAUGCAUUCCAUUGCAUUUUUACACAAUUGAAAAGAUCCACCACAGUUCUAUUAAAUGUAACUUAGCAUUUACAAAACAUUACUUUGACUAGGUUCAUAAUUGACCAUCUAAUUAGUCCUUAAAAAUCAAUGAAAUAGAAAACCUUUAUACAAAUAUCAAACAGAGAAAAUAAUGAAUCAAACACACAGAGCAUGCCUUGAUCCCUAAGUUGAUUUUUCCUAUAUUACAAACGACCAUCAAAACCUGAUCAACACACAAAAAAGAAACUAGCUGCCAAAAUUCAGAAGAAACAUAGAACGCUAAACAUCAUGUUUAUUUUAAUAUAACAUGUAACCUUAAGGUAUAAAAGCAUUGUGUGUUGCUGAGCGGAAAACAUCUGAAACUGUAUAUAGGAAGAUUCAUCUUAAUGGAUUGGUGUUAAAGACACCAAUAAAGGCAUCUUAAAAGAAAUGUAUUUGGGUGAAAGUAUCUUUUCUUUCAUUAAGCAAAACCGCUAAUCUGCAGAAUCUGUAACUGAGGAAAUGCCACUGAAUAGUGGGGAAAAUAGGCUUUCACACCUGCCUAUAUAAUCCUAAUC